CUCCACCAGGGCGAGUGGAGUGCAACAUAACCUUGCUGGCACUGGCAUUGGGUCGGACAGGAUCGAUAAGGACAGGCUUACCGUGCCGUCGUGUCGUGUCACCCGUUCGCCCAGGGCGCUUUCUGUUGAGGUGUCGCCUGCACCCGCAAGUCCGACGAAAGGCCAGAUGUUCUGCUGCGGGACGGUGUUGUUUAUGAUGCGAGACUUGGUCAAUGAGUUCGAAGGGCCGUGAGCGUCUGGCACUGACCUGACAGGAAGGUCUAAGAAGUCCUCAAAGAACGAAUCCAGACGGCUGUUCUACUUCAUUUCCCAGACUUUCCUUCAGUCGGAUCAGAUGACUAAAGUAGAUCCCGAACUCAUCUUCACCAAGCAAGAGAGGAUUGGUAAAGGUUCUUUUGGUGAAGUAUUCAAAGGAAUCGACAAACGGACCCAGCAGGUCGUUGCCAUCAAGAUCAUUGACUUGGAAGAAGCUGAAGAUGAAAUCGAGGAUAUUCAACAAGAAAUCAUGGUGCUCAGCCAGUGUGAUUCAACAUUUGUCACCAAAUACUUUGGCUCCUACCUCAAGGGUACCAAAUUAUGGAUCAUCAUGGAGUAUUUGGGUGGUGGCUCCGCCCUGGAUCUAAUGAAAGCAGGGUCUUUUGAAGAAAUGCACAUAGCCAUUAUACUUCGUGAGGUACUGAAAGGUCUAGACUAUUUACAUUCUGAGCGAAAACUGCACCGAGACAUCAAAGCUGCAAAUGUGCUAUUAAGUGAGAUGGGUGAUGUGAAGCUAGCAGACUUUGGUGUAGCAGGUCAGCUGACCAACACUACCAGCAAAAGAAAUACUUUUGUGGGAACUCCCUUCUGGAUGGCCCCAGAAGUCAUCAAACAGUCUGCUUAUGACUCUAAAGCUGAUAUUUGGUCAUUGGGAAUAACGGCAAUUGAGUUGGCCAAAGGUGAACCUCCCAACUCGGAGCUUCAUCCAAUGCGUGUUCUCUUUCUUAUACCCAAAAACCAUCCUCCUCAACUUACUGGUAACUACAGUCGCCAAUUCAAAGAAUUUGUGGAAGCUUGUCUUAAUAAGGAUCCUGAAAAUAGACCUACAGCUAAAGAGCUUUUGAAAUUUCCAUUCAUUCGUAAAGCCAAGAAGAAUUCCUAUCUUGUAGACUUAAUCGAUAGGUACAAAAAGUGGAAGUCAUCACGCAGUGAGGAGAGUGAGACAGAAAGUGAAAAUUCAGACUCAGAGGAAUCAAAGCCAGACAGUGACAUGGAUGAGCCAUGGAUUAUGACUGUGAAGGGUAUUCACAAUAUCAAACCUCCUCAAGAAGAGAACAACCACAGGCUAAAUGGAAAUCAUCAUCGAAAUGAUAAAAGCCCUGGACCUUCUCGACCUCAGUGUAAUGCUCCACCACCUCCUACUGAGAGCCCUCAGCAUUCAGUACAAGUUCAGCCUCCACCACAAGUCCAAGCCACAUCACAGACACCAGGAACUAGAGAGAAACGAGGGUCUAAAGAAAUUGGGCCGUUAGAUCACCGAGGAGAGAGAUCUGAACAUAUCAACCGCUCAGAUCACAUGAAUAGAAAUGACCGAAAUGAUCAUGGAGCUCGAUCUGAUCAUGCAAAUCGCAAUGAUCGCUCUGAAAGAGCAGAAAGAUCGGAUAGAUCAGAUAGAUCGGAUUUGGCUGAAAGUGAUCGUGUGAGUUCUCGUCAUGCUCACCAUCAACGAUCACCCUGCCUUUGCCGAGUUAUUUAUCCCAUCAUUUCUGAGCUGCAGAGACGACGUGAUUACAGUCCUCAAGGUGGUGACACAUCUCACCGCACAGAUGCUAUUGAGGAGCUGAAGAAUGCCUUUGAGCUUGCUGAAAGAGCCAGUCCUGGCAUAUCAGACCUAUUUGUGCGUGAAAUGGUGCAUAAACUUGUCCCAGAUGUCACAGAAACUGAAAUAAGAGGUGUCAUGGAUAAAAUCACUCGGGAAACUACAUAGGAGAUGCUAUUAUGCACCACAUAGCGUACCUGAUGGCCACACCCGUGCAUUUAGAUGCCAGCAUCUAGCUGCCUCAAAUCACACAGGUUCCUUGUUCAAUUAAUAAGCAGCAAUAAAAUGUACUUAGUACUUACACCUUCAAUAUUAAUUGGCAGGCAGCAGCAAGAAUUGAGAACUGUGUUGUAACUACUUCUAGCUGUAGGUAGAAAUGACUAAGCACACAGGUCCCCACUUCAAUAGAUCAGUCAUGCACUUGUUUUAUUAUUUAUGCAGUGAAAUCAUUAUUUCUAUUGACUAUUUUGUCUGGAAUCAGUGAGAUCGAGUGUUUAUAGGAUGCUGUAUGAGAUCCCUCAUGUGUACAUAUUCAUUCAUAAAUCAUGGAUACUUUUAUAGAAGACAAAGAAAAAGUAUUGUAAAUUUUCCUUGAGGUUUAAUAAAUUUAUUUUUAUAGUGUUGAUCUUAUGUAAGGUAAUCUAUGUGGAGGACCCUGUCGAGCCAUACCGUUCUUGGUUAGAGCUGUGUGGAACGACACCACAUCAUUCACAGAUGUGUUGUAUUUAGUUUUCCUGAGUGUCUUGUACUAUUAUUGCAAAGAUAUAAAUUAUUUUCUGUUCAUUAAUUUCCACAUAAUAAUUAAAAAGCCAUGUGCACACAUGGGUGUAGUUUAAAAUGCAGUAUAAACUAAUGCUGAAGUUCAGUUGGGUGCUGCUGGAGGUGGGGUUUCAUGUUCUGUGUAUAUGAUAUGCAACAUUAUCUGACCACCCCAUGUAUUGAGUUAUUUUCCUUGCUGCUGUAAUUCGUUCACUGUGCCAUGCUUUUUCAGAGUCAAGGAAAUUCAGUGUGUUUGUUCUUUUUGUUUUUGUUACUUUGAGACUUGUAGGUCUUCAACACUGCAUUCUCCUGUAAUGUAGAACAGAAUAAUCAUUGAAAUGCAGCUUUUAUUUGUUUUUUUCUUCUUUUGCAAUAUCUACUUAUCAAAUUUUGUAGUUUACUGUUAAGUUAUUUAUGUACUUCCACAAUUCAUUAUAAGAAGGCACAUUCCAUUAGCUUGUUUUUGUUUAGGUUUUUUUGUUUGUUUUUCUUUUGUUUAGUGUAGGUAUUUCUCUUUUAUCUGUAUAAUUUAUUUGUCUUGGUGUGGUAGCAAGGAAAAUGACCUGGUAUGUGGGGAAGGGGAUGUGCAAAAUUGCAUGCCAUAGUGGUGUGAGCCUGAGAUGAACUGCAAUUUGUUUCAACAUGGGUGAAUGUCUGGUUCUGACAAACCCUCCCCCCCCCCUUUAAAAAAUCACUA